GUGAGGUACAUCUCUAGAGGGUUCAGAAAAUUACAGACUGGAAGAGAAUCAAAGCAUUGUAAGAACUAUACCGGUUCAGGGCCAACAAACAGGUAUACUUCCCUUUAUCUAGCACAUGACACAGCGCUGAACAUGUGGACUUUGUUACUUGUAUUUGCUACUGGAUCACCAGCUCUACUUCAGGCAGCACCGGUUCAGGGUUCCAGUGGCAGAUGCAGCUUUGCCGGUGUUUUCCUUGUUGAGGGAACCAGCCGUUACUCUCUUACUUUCCAUCAAGCUUUGGAAUUGUGUCAGAGUUUUGAUUACAAACUCGCAACACAGGAACAGGUCAAUGACGCUUAUAAAAAAGGCUUGAGAACAUGCAGAUUUGGCUGGAUAGAUGGACAAAAUGUUAUGUUCCUCCCACACGUUAAUGGUCCAAACUGUGACUCCAGUUCCACCGAGAUCACCUUCCAUCCUGAAGCAGCAGGGUAUCUUUCUGAUGUCUACUGCUUUAACCCAUCAGACGCAUCACUAAACUGUGAAGAUACUGGUAAAUCUAACUCUGAAGACUUAACCAAUGGAAACACAGCCACAGCAAAUGAAAAUUCACAUGAAGACAUUCUUACGGAGGUCGAGACUGAAGGCUUUCUAGUAGAUGUGGAGGAGAUAAUGGGAAGAGUAAAAAGAGAAACUUCUGUUCUGAAUGACAUGGAGGUCCCCGUGAAAUCCUCAACUGUGCAUGCCUUGGAGGAACCCUCUACAACGACACACAAUGAAGACAGCAAGGGCCCUACAAGCAAGCCCCGUUUUGUGAAGAGCUCGUCCCCUGUUACCUCCAGUGUUUUGUUCUCUGAUACAGAGGGCAGUGGAUCAGCAUCAGAUAAUGAGACAUUGUUUACAGAUCCUGAGUCUAGUCUAUUCACAAUAACAAUGACUGCCACAGAGGCAGCUGAGAGUACAUCCAUGCCAAAUGAAAUUGAGAAAACUUCAAUUGUUGUAAUCAAAGGUCGAAAAAUGGAAGCCAGUCUUGAAGGCACACAGAGUGGCCAAGAAAAGAAAGACGGACCAUCUACUUUGCUGAUAAUCUUUGCAUUCUGUGUUGUUGUUGGAGUCAUAGUAUGCAUAAUUGUUGCUAUUGCUACUAGAGACAAGUGGUACGGACCGAGACAGAGCAGAAACAUCACUACUGAAGUGCACAACAAAGACUACAGUAAAUCAGAAACACUGCCUCUGUCAGAGAAAGAACAGGAGAUAGUGGCACUGAUGAGUGUCGCGAAGCUGAAGAAUGGUAAAAUGGAGGACAUUGCUGCCUGUCUGGAUGAGCGUGAGAAAGAGUAUUUAAUGUAAUGCUUUAAAUCCUGUGUAUUAACAGGUUUAAACUCUUUUGUUCUUUUUAUU